AGCAGAGAGAGAGAGAGAGAGAGGGAGAGAGACAGAGACACGGAGAGGGAGAGAGCGAGAGAGACAGAGAGACAAAGAGACAGAGAGGGAGAGGGAGCGAGCAAGAGGGAGACAGAGCAAGAGACAGACAGAGAGCUAGAGAGAGAGCGAGAUAGAGCAAGAGAGAGAGAUAGAGCAAGAGAGAGACAGACAGAGAGAGAGAGUGAGAGCGAAAACACUCAGUCUGACGGAGGACUAGGAGAGGAAACAUGUCGGUUUACUGGACCCAGAUCUCCUUUCAGAUCCUCCCUUUGCUCCUCUUUUUAAGAGGCAUCAAUGCAAAAGAUGAACUCGGCUCAGCACCUCCUCCAUUAGUCUCUGCUCAUCCACUCUCAACUGACGUGAAGAGCGUGGUCAUCAAAGGAGGAGGUCAGGUAGAGAAGGUGGAAGUGCUGAACCCUGUCCAUCUGGUGCUGGAGUGCAACUUGACUGGAGCUCGAAGCAAACCACCAAACAUCACUGGGCACUGGACCAAAGAUGGGAAUGAGAUUGAAAACAGCCGCCUGACGGUACAGCUUGAGAACGAGCAGUUUAAUCUCAAAAGAGCGUUCGGCAUCAUUGGUGAAGAAAGCCUGGGAAAUUACUCCUGUGUCUUUGGCGAUGAAGCAAAUGUUGACUUUAUCUUGGCAGUUCCACAGAUGGGAGAGAUGCGAGAUAAACCCAUAGUGGGCUAUAUGGGUGAUUCUGUGGUCAUCCUGUGUAAGAUAGAGGAAACCAAACCCAAGCCCAACACUUGGCGCUGGUUUAGAACAAAUGGGACAGAUAAGGAGGCCAUCGACACCGCCGCAGAACCCCAUCGUUACAAAAUCAGAAACGAUGAUAGAAAGACCAUCCUGACGUUGCAAAACGUGACAGAGGCCGACUCGGGCCCCUACUACUGCACCGCCGUCUACAGCGUCGGCACCAGCAUGGGCCGAGUUGAGGUGAAAAUCAUCAGCUUCCUGGAGCCUCUCAAGCCUUUCAUCGGCAUUGUGGUUGAAGUCCUGGUCUUGGUGGUCAUCAUUCUGCUUUAUGAGAGGAACACUAAGAAUAAAUCGGACGGAGGAAAUGAAAUGACUGCUGAGCAAACUAAUAAGCUGACACAAGGGGACAAUAAUGGGAUGGAGGUUGACUCCUCAGUAAGGCAAAGGAAGGUUUAACAGCGUAAACAACAGCUGCCGUUUAUCAGCAGGUUCCUGUGACGUUCACGUGUGCUAUGAUUUCUCAAACUAUCUGAGCGCCGAACUCAACUGUACGGAAUAAACGGUGGGCCCCAUAGAGCCAACACAGCAAUACGAAAAGCAGGAAGGUCAAAGCAUGCUCACCAGACCAGCCAUCACACACACGGUGGUGGUCCGCCUGGAUAUUUAGCUGUAGUAUUUCUGUCACUGUGCACCGAUUUGACUUUAAUUAUGCAAUUUGUUGGCGCCGUUUCUCCUCUUCUGUGUUUUUCCUUUCAGAUGUACACCGUCUUUACCCCCAAGUUGUUUAGUUUCAUGCGACCGGGAUGCCGCGACCACUUAAACGGCUAAGUUACUGGAAUCUUUUUCCUUAUUUUUCUGCAAACAAAAACCUGCCAGAUCCUGUCUGGAAUAAUAAGGGUUAAACGCGACCGGCGUUCCCAGUCUCGCGAGAAUUUCCCUUUUCUGUUCGAGAUAAAAUGAGAUUUCCUUUCACCCGCCAACAACUCCUCGAUUCUAAAAACCUUUGUGAGGCUUCAGGUCCGUUAUGAUUUGUGUGCAGUGCCUUAAUUAAUUAAUUAACCAACGAGCCACGCUUACCUUCCACUUCCAUCAUUUCAGGUGUUAUGUUGCGGUCUAUGUGGCGUGUGUACUAUAUGUCUAUAUGCAAUCUGAAUGAAAUAUCUGGUAUAUUUUGACGAACAUGUCUCGUUCGUCAGACGAGUCGGAGGCCAUGCUUUCAGGCAAUCAUGACUUCAGCUGUCACGAUACUAAGUGGUAUUUCUAUCAAAACCUCUUUCAAUGUUUAGUCUAUAGUAUAUGCAAAACUAUGAAUUAAAAUAUAUU